GUCAUGGAAGUCCUUGGAGAUCUGUUGUCUGGGCAUUAGUGGACGGAACAUUAGUGUGUUGUAUUUUUAGCCCAGUAAAAGGUGUAUGAGCUCAGUCUGAAGAUGUCUCUUAUGGAAGGUCUUCUACAGACAUCAAGCACGGUGACACUGCUGGGUACUGUGCUGUUUCUACUGGUCCUCUACCUCUGCUCCUCUGGUUCCAGCUCUGAGGAACAGGGGAAGGAGCCUCCAGGACCGAGGCCGCUGCCCCUGCUUGGUAACAUGCUCCAGCUGGACCUCAAGAAGCCCUACUGCACUCUCUGCGAGCUCUCCAAGAAAUAUGGUCCCAUCUUCACGGUUCACUUUGGACCCAAGAAAGUGGUUGUUCUGGCAGGAUACAAGACGGUCAAGCAGGCGCUGGUCAACCAGGCAGAGGACUUUGGGGACAGGGACAUCACACCUGUGUUCUAUGAUUUCAACCAAGGACAUGGGAUUCUGUUUGCCAAUGGAGACUCAUGGAAAGAGAUGAGGCGCUUUGCCCUGACAAACCUUAGAGACUUUGGGAUGGGCAAGAAAGGGAGUGAGGAGAAAAUCUUAGAGGAAAUCCCCUACCUGAUUGAAGUGUUGGAAAAACAUGAGGGUAAGGCAUUUGACACAGCACAGCCUGUGCUUUAUGCCGUCUCCAACAUAAUCUCGGCCAUUGUCUACGGCAGCAGGUUUGAAUACACUGACCCACUAUUCACAGGCAUGGUGGACAGGGCCAAGGAGAGUAUUCACCUUACAGGUUCUGCAUCAAUUCAGAUGUACAACAUGUUUCCCUGGUUGGGUCCGUGGAUAAACAACCUGACACGUCUGAAAAAGAAUAUUGCUGAUAUGAAGAUGGAGGUGACAGAGCUGGUGAGGGGCCUGAAGGAGACUCUGAACCCUCAUAUGUGUAGAGGCUUUGUGGACUCGUUCCUCGUCCGAAAGCAAACCCUGGAGGAAUCUGGCAAUAUGGAUUCUUUCUACCAUGACGACAACCUGGUAUUUAGUGUUGGUAACCUGUUUGCUGCUGGUACCGACACCACCGGGACAACCCUGCGCUGGGGUCUGCUGCUAAUGGCCAAGUACCCCCAUAUACAGGAUCAGGUCCAGGAGGAGAUCAGCAGGGUCAUAGGAAGUCGUCAGCCCUUGGUAGAGGACAGGAAGAACCUGCCCUACACUGAUGCAGUGAUCCAUGAGACCCAGAGACUGGCCAACAUUGUACCCAUGUCCAUCCCUCACACCACCAGCAGAGAUGUCACCUUCCAGGGAUAUUUCAUCAAAAAGGGGACAUCUGUGAUUCCUCUACUGACGUCGGUCCUACAGGACGAUAGCGAAUGGGAGAGCCCCAACACCUUUAACCCCUCACACUUUCUGGAUGAGCAGGGAGGAUUUGUCAAGAGGGACGCCUUCAUGGCCUUCUCUGCAGGUCGUAGGGUGUGUCUGGGGGAGGGUCUGGCCAGGAUGGAGCUCUUCCUCUUCUUCACCUCCCUCCUGCAGUGCUUUCAUUUCUCUCCUCCUCCUGGAGUAACAGAGGAUGAUCUAGACCUCACACCAUUACUGGGGUUCACCCUCAACCCUUCACCUCACCAGCUGUCUGCUGUGAGCCGGGUCUGAGAUUUUAACAUGAAAAUACUGGUGGGACAAACUCAAUCAAAAAAGCUAAUAUGAAUCAAAACCCAUUAAAUGCACCAUCAUAAUAACCAAUCCCAGAAAUUAGUUUGUGUGACACACAAACAUAUUUUGUUUGAUCAGUGCAUAGGCUGAUUCCAAUGUCCUUUUAGAUUUAAUUGCAAAGGAAGACCACAGUAGUGGAACAUACUUUAUAAAGUAAAGUUUAUUUUAAUUCAAAAUGUCAUGUUCCAGCUAAGAAUAAAGUUUAUAAAGCUUCUGCUUGGCUUCAACCAUUGCAUUGUUUAAAGUUCCAUGGGAAAUUAAAACAGUCUAUCAGGGUAAUUCCAUUUCUUUUUGACAGCACCCCAUUUGAUUUGAAUGAAACCUUCCAUACAUAUACUCACCAGCCAGUUUAUUAGGUACACCCUGUUCGUGAAAAUGGAUCGUACUUAUACAGUGAGUCACGUCAAUUGCAAUACAGCUAGCAGACAGGCAUUGAGACAUUCAUUUACUGUUCGAACAUUAGAAUGGGCAAAAGGUGUGAUCUAACUGACUUAAGGUGGUAUGAUCAUCGGAGGAAGGCACGCCGGAUUCAGUAUCUCCUUUCACACACGACAGUGUCUAGGUUUUACAGAGAAUGGCGUGACAAAAAACAUCCAGUCAGCCACAAUCCUGUGGGUGAAAACAGCUCAUUGAGGAGGGAGGUUGAAGGAGAAUGGCAAGAAUCAUGCAAGCUAACAGGCAACAGCAAACAGACAAAUAAUACAGUUGUGUGUAGAACAACAUCUCGGAACACACACCUUGUUGAUCCUUGUCACAGAUGAGCUAUUGCAGCAGACGACCACACAGGGUUCCACCCCUAUCAGCUAACAACAAGAGGAAGCUCCAUUGGGAACGCAAUAACCAACACUGGACAAUUCAGGAGUGGAAAAACAUUGUCUGGUCUGACGAAUGCCGGUUACUGUUGCAUCAUGCUGACAGCAGAGUCAGAAGUUGGUGUAAGUAUGUGCCUGGUGUCAACGGUACAGGCUGGUGGCGGAGGUGUAAUGGUGUGGGUAAUGUUUUCCUGGCACAUGUUAGGUCCCUUGAUACCAAUUGAGCAAUGAUUGAACACCACAGAGUAUCUGAACAUUGUUGCUGACCAAACCCAAUAGACCAUCUUUGGGAAGAGAUGGAACGGGCUGUUCACAGCAUGAAUCUCCCGCCAUCCAAUCUGCAGCAACUUUGUGAUUCCACCGCGUCAGCAGGGACCGACAUCCCUGUGAAACGUUUUCUCCACCUUGUAGAGUCGCUGUUCUGGAGGUAGUAGGGGGUCCGACCUGGUACUAGAUGGGUGUACCUAUGUAAAAAGUGCUCAGAAAGUAUUUUUGGAGAUGAAUGCUGAAACAUUCAAGAGAUAAAGGUGCUCAAAGUUUACUUAUUUUGUAUACUCCACCAUACCAUGACACAUCCAUGUCUUCAUCACUGGAAAAGACAAAAAGUUGAGAUAUCGUUUUAAGCUUACAAACAAACUAUUUAGGUUUU